CCCCUCCCUCACCUCAUCUUGGAUUGGAAUCAACCUGUUGGCUGGAAAUCUGUGUCCAAAGACAAUCCUAUGGCUCUUCGAUCCCUACAUCAAACCCUAAUCCGAACUUCUUCUUCCUCUUCCUUUUCUUCCCCUUCUCAGCCUAAUCGUUUCGUCUUCGCCACCGCCAACUAUGGAUGCGCCUACGCUAUUCGGACCCACUCCAACCAAUCGGGGAGCUCUUCGCCCCGCCUCGCCGAUCCCGACGUGGCCGAAUCGUCCUCGGAUGCGGAGCAACGCGAAGCAUUGGCCGUCCAGAGGAUAGAGGACGCCAUCCACCGCAUCAUCGUCCGCCGAUCCGCGCCGGACUGGCUGCCCUUCGUCCCUGGCUCCUCCUAUUGGGUUCCGCCCCGCCGCCGGUCCUACGGAAUCGCUGAUUUGGUGGAGAAGUUGGCUGACACGCUCUCGGAUGAGGAGGUGAUGUCGCUUGCCACUGCUCGCGGUUGGCCUUCUUCUGCCUUCUUUCUUAGUGAUUCACCUCCAGAUACAGGAAGCGUUCUUGAAGAAAGAUCUGGAAUGAUUUCACUGUCUGAAGGUGAGGACUGAUAAAAACAAAGUGCUUGCAGAUCUGACAUCAGGGUUUGAGGAGAGACUUAAAUGAGUUAUAACCAUAUAGCUAAUCAUUUGAGAGAUACAGAUGGAUGGAGAGGGCCUUCCAUAUCUUAUUUGGAUAGAAAAUUACAAUUGCAAGUGAGUUUGCGUCUUCGACUAAUAACAAGGAAACAUGUGGUGGCCUUCCUUGGUGGAGUCAGAUUCAUACUCUUAAAACUAAAAUUUACGUACAUGAUUUCACCUUGGAGGAGUAAAGCUUGGGGUUGGUGGUUGGAUUGUUUAUCUUGGCAUUUCAAUCUUAAGCAUAAGGGGUAUUCAAUCUGUGGAAAUGCAUUUUUUCUUUCCUUUAGUGUUUGCAUUUGAAUGAUGAUGCAUGAUUCGAUCUCUUCUUUCCCGCAAUAGUUUGUCACUAAUUUAUGUACCUGAUUUCGCAAGCAAAAGAAAGGCAGCAGAAUAAAAUUCUCUGGACGGGCAGAUUUGUA